GUAUUACUAUAUUGAAAAAACGGAUUCUCUCUCUGGCGACUGAAAAAGCGAUUUGUCUUGCUUUCGAUGAGUCCGAGGGAGAUUCAAUUGCUUCAAAUAUUUUGCCUGUGAAUUCAGUGAUGAUGAUAAUUUUUGGAGUUUCUUUUACUCUUCUCUCUUUGUUCCUUGUCUCAAUCCACCGUAACCGUUCUUUAUCUCAAGUAUGUCUUCUCGUCGCGACGGUUAUGGUUCUUACUCAUUUUCUGAUUCUCAAUGGCUCAUCAAAAUCUGGCGAAUUUUCGCUUGUAAUUGCUGAUGGUGAUUCAGUUUGGGGAUUGGUGAGCGGAACAAUAAUUUGGCUUUUCAGUUGCUCUCUCUUUCAAUUUGAAACUUUUUCAUCCGCUGGUAAUGGUUCGUUUUCCUUUGCCCGCGAUGUCUUUGGCGACGCCUCUCUUUCAACGGAUCAGGCGAUGAUUUCUCUCAAUUUCCCUAAAGGAGACUUGAAUGUUCUUCCGAUUGAUUAUGUGUGGAUGAUCACAAUUAUCGAUGGUUUUCUUCCGACGGUCUCCGGCGGCUACUCUCCGUUUGAUUCAUUUUCAAACGGCUGUGAUUUAUCGGUCCAGUUUCAUGAUGAAAUUUUGACUGCAUUAUUGUGGAAACAACCGCCAUGGAAACCACCAUGGAAAUCAAUGAAGCAUGUGAUCUCUGUGAAGAGUUUAUCAACUCUCCAUGAUGACCGACAUUCCCAAUACUUUAUUGGGAUUGACAGUGAAGGCGAAUUAGAGAGGUGUUUCAUGCAUACACCGGUUCAUAGCAACAGUUCGAGGCAGUGUCUAAGGAUAUGGUGGAGAGAGAUCAUGUUGUCUUUGAUGUUACGAGUAUACCUCGGCAAAUUUUUGCCUUGGAUAUCAUUAUUGAUCAAGGAAUAUGAACGCUCAACAAUCGUUAAUUUCGACGCGGGCCUUUGGGGAUGUCUACAUGGAACGAGAUUCAGAAGAUGGUACUCACCAUUUCAACAAUUAUGGGCACAAGCUAUAACCAAGAAAGAUGUCAUCUCUUAUUGUUGGAGAUGUUUUAAUGGGAAGCGAUGUAACAGAUGGAUCGCAACCAAUGAUCGUUUUAAAGUUUAUUGGAGUUUCGUCAAAAAGACGAUAGCCAAACAAGAUGAUCAUGUCGGAUUAAGGAAGAAGACGAAUAAGGAAGAUAAUAGAUUUGAUAAUCUAUUAGCGUGUAAGGCUUAUGAAAGAAAGCGGCGUUUAAUUCACUUGUUCGAUUGUAUUUUCUUCUUAAACGUUAAUCAUUUCUUGAUUAUAUGUGUAUGUCUAAGAAAUAACUAUGUAUCUCUAUUUCAAUUUUAAUAAAGUAAAGUAAGAUGUUAAAAAAAAAAAAAAA